CCUUCUCCCUCAACUGUCUGUCUCCAACAAGAGAGCUUUUAAAGAAUCAAAGAACAGAGUUCAAAUUAUCUAUCCUCCACUUGUAUUGUAUUGUACCACUCCCACCCUACUUUCCCAGCUCUCAACCCGUCGGCCGCCCUUUCUCCUCUUGAGACCUCACUGUGUUCUUCUUAUCAGGACCUACCACACUUCAAUUGCCUUGCUCCUUUCAAGUCCUACAGCCCCGUUUUCACCUCAAUUUUUUUUGUUACAGGCACGAUUUUGCUGAAAACCAGAACCAAUCAAAGCUUAAAGAAACUCGUGUUACCCCCUCAAAUGGCUCAGGACACUGCUCCAAGUGCUGAUUCACCAAGGAAGCGGCAUGGCUUAUUGAGAGACCAGGUUCAGUUAGUUAAGAGAAAGGACUCCGAGCGCUACGAGAUUGUUGCCUUAGAAGAUCCUCUAUCAUUUGAGAAGGGUUUCUUUAUAACUAUUCGUGCGUGCCAGUUAUUAGCUCAGAAGAAUGAUGGAAUAAUAUUAGUUGGAGUAGCAGGUCCUUCUGGGGCUGGGAAAACUGUGUUUACAGAGAAGAUCCUAAAUUUUAUGCCUAGUAUUGCUGUCAUAAGCAUGGAUAACUACAAUGAUUCGAGCCGUAUUAUUGAUGGAAAUUUUGAUGAUCCACGCUUGACAGACUAUGAUACAUUGCUUGAGAAUAUCCAGGGUUUAAAAGCAGGGAGUCCUGUUCAAGUUCCUAUUUAUGAUUUUAAAUCCAGCUCUCGCAUAGGUUACAAGACUCUUGAGGUGCCAAGCUCCCGCAUCGUAAUUAUUGAAGGAAUAUAUGCCUUAAGUGAAAAAUUACGUCCUUUCCUGGAUCUCCGGGUUUCUGUUACUGGUGGGGUGCACAUUGAUCUUGUAAAACGUGUGCUAAGGGAUAUUCAACGUGCUGGACAAGAACCUGAAGAAAUAAUUCAUCAAAUUUCAGAAACGGUAUAUCCAAUGUACAAGGCAUUUAUUGAGCCAGAUCUACAAACAGCACAUAUAAAGAUCACUAAUAAGUUUAAUCCAUUUUCUGGAUUUCAGAAUCCUACCUAUGUCUUAAAGUCAACAAGGACUGUUACAGUGGAUCAGAUUAAGGCUGUUCUGUCUGAGGAACAUAAGGAAAGUAGAGAGGAAACUUAUGACAUAUAUCUUCUGCCACCUGGAGAAGAUCCUGAAGCAUGCCAAUCCUAUCUGAGAAUGAGGAACAGGGAUGGAAAAUACAGUCUCAUGUUUGAGGAAUGGGUUACAGAUAGUCCCUUCAUAAUUUCGCCGAGAAUUACAUUUGAAGUUAGUGUACGGCUGCUUGGUGGCUUGAUGGCUCUGGGUUACACAAUUGCAUCCAUCCUAAAAAGAAGCAGUCAUGUCUUCUCAGAUGACAAGGUUACUGUCAAAAUUGAUCGGUUGGAGCAGCUCAAUCGGCAAUACGUUCAGGUCCAAGGAAGAGAUCGGUUAUAUGUCAAAUAUACUGGUGAUCGACUCGGAUUGGAUGGUUCAUAUGUUCCUCGCACUUAUAUCGAACAAAUUCAGUUGGAAAAGCUCGUUAAUGAUGUUAUGGCAUUGCCAGCUGACCUGAAAACUAAGCUCAGCAUAGAUGAUGACUUAGUCUCAAGCCCUAAAGAAGCCCUAUCAAGAGCCUCUGCAGACAGGAGGAUGAAGUUUCUCAAUCGUGGGAUGUCGCACUCCUUCUCAACACAGCGUGAUAAGAAUCUCAGUAAGUUGACUAAACUUGCAGUUAAUAAUAGGAGAUAUGAUGGAAGAAUGCCUGAUUCACCUGCUGCACUUCCUAACCAGGGAAUGAUUAAUCAACUAUCGGAACAAAUUUCUACACUGAAUGAGAGAAUGGAUGAAUUUACAUCUCGAAUUGAAGAGCUUAACUCAAAAAUCUUUACGAGAAAAGUUUCUUCCAGUCAACAGAAUUUGGCUUUGCAGGCUGAAGCCUGCAAUGGCUCUGCACCUACAUCUUACUUUGUGGCAAGCUUAGGCAAUGGUUCAUUGACUGGACCUGUAUUACCCAAUUCCUCAUCAUCUCCUCAAUUGGCAAGGGAAUCUCUAUUGGAAGAGGUCUUACUCAUCUCGAGGUCACAAAGACAAAUCAUGCAUCAAAUAGACACACUCAGCACUAUAUUACGAGAAUGUAUGGGGGAACGGUCGCGCCAAGGGAGAGCAGAUAGGACUACCAGAUCACCUGCUGAGUCCAUUGGUGCUCCUCUACUUCUGACCUUGGCUAUUGGUGGCAUAGGUGUUUUGUUGUUCAGAACAUUCUCAUCACAACAUUGACCCUGUGCUAAUCCUCAUCCUGCAGCAAACUGGGAGAUCAUAUAUAGCAUAGAAUAAAUAGAAAUAGAGGAGAAUGUAUAUGUUGUGUCUUGAAAAAACCUCGUGCUUUGGUAGCUUAUCCUAUGUUGUUUAAGUGACAGAAAAAUGUAUGUAUAAAGCGAUAUAGUUAACCUCAGUUUGUAUGGAGAAAUACAGAACCUGGGGACUCGA